GGCGACCUCAUCCUUUGACAUGAACACACCAAUACAUUUUUUUAGUGAAACAAUCAUGGCGCCGUCCGCGGACAGCAACGUGAAAGAAGAAAACAGCCAGAUUUCAUAUAAGAAAGAUAUAAAUACUAAAAUAGGUCGUAUACUACAAAACAAGAAACAUGCUAACGACAUAUUCGACGUUAUUCAAUAUUUGCAGUCCGAAAAGGAUAAAGAAAUAAUUUUCGCCACCGAUGCUUGCAAAAGGAUUUUCUGUCAGUUGUUCGACAGAGGAGAUCUUUAUGUUGGUGAUCUGCCUCAGGAAGAGGACCUCAUGAGUGGUGAUCGCAGUGCUUUAGACAAAUGCCGUAUAUUCAUGAGACACCGUUACAACAACUGUGUGGAGCUUCUGCUGGAAAACAUAGGCCAUGAAGCUUUCCAAGUGAAGGUGAGUGAAAGUAACAUGAUGGUUUAGUUUUUAUAAACGUGGUCUUUUAUGUACUUAUUCCUCUCAUGUACACAGACCCUGGUGGAGCAUCUUCUCUCAACGAAAGAAGACAUGUCACUGCUCAUCUCCAGGUUUCAAGAGUUUUUGGAGAUGGACGAUGUGCGCUACUAUGUCAUGAGUUCAGUACGAGACAACAUUUACAGAGUCAUGGGCCGAAACAAAAAGGCUGUGAUUCCUGUAUAUCAAAAUAAUGUGUACACACUCCUCUCAACUAUCAACGUACCCAGCCACGGAUCAAAAAUUACAAAUUUUCUUGUCAAACAAGCAUACAAACCUGAAGAAUGGAAAGUAGCCAAACUAAAGGAGCAUAAACGAGCUUUUGAGCAAAUGUGGCUGCUGUUUCUCAAGUUCAAGUUACCUAGCAGCAUGUACAAGAAGAUCCUGGUGAUCCUUCAUGAGUCCAUAAUGCCACAGAUGAGUGAUCCCACACUUCUGAUUGACUUCCUGAGCGCUGCCUAUGACAUUGGUGGGGCGAUCAGUUUGUUGGCUCUGAAUGGCUUGUUCAUCCUCAUCCAUAAGCAUAAUUUGGAUUACCCAGAUUUUUAUAAGAAGCUGUACAGUCUGCUGGAUCCCUCCAUCUUCCAUGUCAAGUACAGAGCACGUUUCUUCCACCUGGUGAACAUCUUCCUCUCUUCAACACAUCUGCCAGCCUAUCUUGUGGCAGCGUUUGUGAAGCGCUUCGCUCGCCUGUCUCUCACAGCGCCACCUACAGCUCUCCUCAUACUUCUGCCAUUCAUCUGUAAUCUCAUUCGCCGGCAUCCCUCGUGUAGGGUUCUCAUCCACAGACCCAGCUCUGCAGAAGAGCCUUGUGAUGACCCGUAUGUGAUGGAAGAGGAAGAUCCAGCUCAGUGUCAUGCUCUGGAGAGCAGCCUAUGGGAGAUCAAGACUUUGCAGAAGCAUUACCACCCAGAUGUGGCCAAGGCUGCCUUGAAGAUCAACGAGCCACUGACCGAACAAGAGGAAGAUAUCAGUGAGAUGCUAGAGCUCUCGACAUUUGAGCUAAUGGAGCGAGAACUCAAAGCUGAAAGGAAGACGAUACCGCUAGAGUUUGACACAGCCACAGAGCUCCUGAAGAGCCCUAGAGAGGUGCUCGGAGUGCACUUUUCUCUAGAGUAACCACUCUUAUUUGCAAAUAUGAUCUUUCCAAAAAUGUAUUCUUUGUAUUAAAAAAGUUUGUGCAGUCAAUUCCCUGGGCUGAAGAAAUAAACAUUUGCAAAAAAUGAACAUGUGCUGAAUAUUUUGUGUCCACUAGUGAGUGUUGAUCAGACUGUAAAACAGCAGUACAAAGAAAUAAUUUAAAGAAUACAAUGGUACAA